GAAAUUUAAGACAGUCGAAAUUGAAUGCAUAUUUUCAGGAAUCGCCUAUUCAGCACUAUCAGGCGUUGCACCAGUUUAUGGUCUUUAUUCGUCAUUUUUUCCGGUUCUGUUUUACAUGUUCUUCGCCACUUCAAGACACAAUUCUAUUGGCUCUUUUGCCGUCGUUUCAUUGAUGACAGGCGAAGCCAAUCGUGUGAUCAUGACCAAAUACGCAGCGUUUUCAACUAAUUCUACUAUAUCUUCAACGCAGAUAGCUCAUUUAAGACCGAUUAUGGUUGCGUCAACUCUGACAUUUGUAGUGGGAAUUGUUCAAUUCGCCGCUGGCUUUCUACGACUGGAAUUUAUUACGGCAUAUUUCUCGGACCAACUAGUUGACGGCUUUAUCACCGGUGCAGCAUGCAUUGUUAUUGCCGCACAAGUCAACGACGUUCUCGGCGUGAAUGUGCCCGAUGUGACCGGGCCUGCCUAUACAUUUAAGCGUUUUUACGAUGUACUUUCGCAAAUAGCACAAUCAAAUGUAUGUACGGUCAUUAUAUCAGUUAUUUCGUUUGCGUUUUUGUACGUUGGCAGAGACUUCAUAAGUCCGUAUGUCACUAAGCGUUUUAAAAUCAAGAUACCCAUUCCUUAUGAACUGAUUCUGGUUAUAAUAACAACCGGCAUUUCCUACGGGUUCAGACUCGAUCAGCGAUAUGGAAUGGAAAUUGUUGGUGAUAUUCCAGCCGGGAUGCCACUCCCUCAAGUUCCCGUUUUUUCAAUUUUACUAGAUUGCCUUCCACAUGCCCUCAGUAUUACAGCCGUCAUAAUUGCGGUGCACAUAUCAAUGGCCAAAAUGUUGGCAAAAAAGAUGAACUAUGAAAUUGAUUCUAGACAGGAACUAUACGCACUAGGUUUGUCAUCAAUGUUGGGUGGUUUAUUUCCCAUAUAUCCCGUAUCGACGGCGAUGGGUCGCACGAUGGUUAACGUUGAAAGUGGAUCAAGAACACAGCUAGCAGCUUUAUUCAGUUGCCUUCUGCUAUUGAUAGUGAUCUUGUGGCUAGGACCCUUAUUGGAAUCAUUACCUAUAUGCGUUUUGGCAGUGAUUAUUAUCAUGGCACUUCGUUCGUUGUUUGAAAAAGUCGACUAUUUGAAAAAUCUCUGGCAUGGUUCAAAAAUUGAUUUGUUGACUUGGCUUGUGGCAUUCGUUACAACGGUAGGACUUGACGUUAUGAAAGGUCUUGUAAUAUCGAUCAUUUUCGCCUUAUUGACGAUCGUCUUUCGAUCACAAUGGCCUAAAUCCGAAACGCUUGCUCCAACAAGGGGUGCAGAAGAUUUUGAGAACUUGCGAAGAUAUAAAGCUCUCUCUCAGUAUCCAGAUAUUCACAUAUUCCGAUUCGACUCACCGUUAUUGUUCCCGAAUGUUGAGAACUUUAAAGCUAAGAUCCUGAAGCAGAUCAAAAGCUGGAGUGACGGUGAUUCAGACACUAAUGACUCGGUUACUGACAGACCUGAUACUAAGGAGACAUCGAGCAUGAAAUUCAUCAUAAUUGAUUGCUCGUGCAUAUCAUUUAUCGAUUGCAUGGGAGUGAAUGCACUUAAAGAGGCCGUCCAUGAUACUAAAUCUCGUCGUGUUACAUUGUUGUUGGCGGCUGCAACUGGCACGUUUUAA